GAAGAACAAAGUGAAAUUGACUGCAUUAUUAUAACGCAUUGGCACAACGACCAUGUCGGUGGCAUCCCUAGUGUCUUAAAACAAGUCAUUGGCCAUGAGGUCCCUGUCUAUAAAUUUCAACGCGGGAAAUCUGAGGAUCCGUCGCAGUUCCACUAUGUACACGAUGGUCAUGAAGUCAAGGUGGAGGGCGCAACACUAAGGUUCGUGAAAACUCCUGGUCAUACAUGUGAUCAUGCGUCGUUGUGGUUGGUUGAAGAGAACACAUUGUUCAGGCGUGACUGUAUUCUUGGUGAGGGUACGACAGUUUUUGAAGAUCUUCAUGAUUACAUGCAUAGCCUCGGAAAAAUAAAGAAGCUGAAGCCACUGCGGAUUUAUCCAGGUCAUGGCCCAGUUGUGGAGAAGUGUGACGAAAAAGUGAACGAAUAUGUGGAGCACCGAAUGAAACGGGAAAACGAAAUAGUGAAGGCGUUGAAGUACGUUAGGAGAGGCGACUAG